GAGGAAAGGCAGCGCCAACACUGAGAGUGGAGUGGGGGGAAAGAGCUUGUGGUCCCUCAACUUUUCCAGACCAGUUUUGGUGUGCAGUGAGCCCUAGUGCGCGGGGGGAGCGCCGCGACCCUCGGCGGAGUUGGGAGGAUGAGCCGCGGUGCGGGCUGUAAUUCUGUGCACUGUGAUUCCCUCAUUCUCGGUUAUUGCGGUAAAGCAUGCUGAGGAGACCUGUGGCGGUGUGAAGCAAGAAAUAUGGGAGAGCUGACUGCAAGGAGAAGCCUGGCUUGUUUUCUGUUUUCCUUCACUGGCUAUCAUGAUUUACGAGGUGGAAAAGCGAGCAGCCGGCCCUGCUUCCCGGGACACCGGAAUGUGGUGAAGAUGCCUCCGAGAGUAGGGGCUGUAUCCUUAGAAGCGCCUUUUUGCCUGUGGGCACCAUUUACUCGCUAAAGGGAAGGGCUUAACAACCUGUGGUUAUUAGGUGGUAGCAGAGAGGGCAGGAACUCCGCCAUGGGGUACGACAAAAGCUGGAUGUUGAGGAAUGAAAGCGACCAUGCCCCGUACCAGGCUGUCACCAGAGCUCUGGAGAUGAGGAACGCCUCGGCCGGGCAGAUGGUGUGGCAGGGCGGGAACGUCAGCGAGGCCGGGGCCGUGGAGAGCGAGGAGCACGGCGAGGAGCGGGGCUACCGGCACUUCACCACCACCGUGCAGAUUGUCAUCUUCGUGGGCUCCUUGCUGGGUAACACCAUGGUGCUGUGGUCAACUUGCAGAACAUCGCUGCUUAAAUCUGUAACAAGCCGAUUCAUUAAGAAUUUGGCCUGCUCGGGGAUCUGUGCCAGCCUAGUCUGUGUGCCUUUUGACAUUGCUCUUAGUGCCAGUCCACACUGCUGCUGGUGGAUCUAUACGAUGCUUUUCUGCAGAAUUGCCAAGUUUCUGCACAAAGUCUUCUGCUCAGUGACCAUCCUUAGUUUUCCAGCCAUUGCUCUUGACAGAUACUACUCUGUUUUAUACCCUCUGGAAAGAAAAAUAACUGAUGCAAAAUCCCGAGACCUGGUUAUCUAUAUCUGGGCCCAUGCAAUAGUGGCCAGCAUUCCAGUAUUUGUUGUGACCAAUGUGUUUGAUAUUUAUGCCAUGUCCACCUGUUCUGAAUCUUGGAGUUACUCCCUUGGCCACCUGAUAUAUGUCAUCAUCUAUAACAUCACCACUGUGAUUGUACCAGUGGCUGUGGUAUUUCUCUUUAUGAUUCUUAUUCGCAGAGCACUGAGUGCCAGCCAGAAGAAAAAAGUCAUCAUAGCUGCAUUAAGGACUCCUCAGAAUACAGUUUCUAUCCCAUAUGCCUCCCAGCGAGAAGCUGAACUUCAUGUCAUGCUGCUUUCUAUGGUUAUGAUCUUUAUUUUCUGCAGUGUCCCGUAUGUGACUUUGGUGAUUUAUCGCACCAUACUCAAUAUUUCAGAUAUUUCAGUCUUCUUGCUCCUCACUGCCAUUUGGUUGCCCAAGGUCUCUUUGCUGGCCAACCCUUUGUUAUUUUUAACUGUUAACAAAUCAGUACGGAAGUGCUUAGUGGGGACAAUAGUACAGAUGCACCGAAGGUUUAGCAGGAGAAACAUUGUCAGCUCAGGUGGUGUUGUGGAUGAUAAUCUGGAGCCCAAUGUGCAUUCGGGAAGCCAGCUUCUGGAGAUGUUUCAUAUUGGGCAACAACAAAUCUUCAAGCCAAUGGAAGAUGAGGAGAAUGAGACCAAAUCCAUUGGCUCUGGUGACUUGCAGCAGAAAGAAAUUCCCACCACCAGUUUAGAAAUAGGACAGACUUUGGUUCACAGAUUUAUACCACAGACAGUUGCAGACUCUGCAGCUCAGGUGGCCCCAGCUGUGCCCACAGAAGCUGAUCCGAUAAAUGACAAGUAUUCCAUGCAGUUUGGUUUUGGACCCUUUGAGUUGCCUCCACAGUGGCUCUCAGAAAACCGAAACAGUAAGAAGCGACUCCUGCCUCCUCUGGGGAAUACCCCUGAAGAGCUAAUCCAGACAAAACAGCCCAAGUGUAAAGCAGAAAGAAAAGUCAGCAGAAACAAUAAAGUCAGUAUCUUUCCCAAGGUGGAUUCUUAGUAAGAGCAGGAGCUUGAAGUGACAGAGGAAGGUCACUUUCUAUUAUAUAUGUGAUCCCAUGGAUCUUUAUUAUGUUGAAACUUGUUUCAGGCUGAUUUUUUCUUGUGCCAAAUAUAAUUUAAAUGAACAAACAAAAGGAAAAUGUAUAUGCAAGUGUUCCUUAUUAAUAUGAAAUAUUUCAUGAAAAUAAUAUAUCAAAAUAUGGAAAUUCUUAAAUUUUAUCUCUGAAAUCCUUACAAUGAUACCUGUCUGAUUAAAUUUCAAAAACUAUAUAUGGCUUUGGGAACGCUGUAUGGCUGAAUUAUGGAAAUACGUCAGUCAGUUUUCUGGGAAAUCUCAUGCUGUAUUAAAAUGGACUGGGUAUCAAAGUAACUUAAUAGGAAAGGCUGUAUAGAGCAGAAGACAUACAACAUGGGUAGUUCCUACUCUGGUGCAAAUAGACACAGCAAGAUUCUGCAUAUUUCAUUAAUGAAGUAAAAUGAACUAUUAAAUGCAUUUGUUUUCUGUUAAGCCCAUUUAUUCAAUCAGUGUUAAAGCUUACUGGAUUUUUUUGCACAAAUUAGUUACUAAGCAUCUGCCAAACACCUAAAGUUUUUAAAAACCUAAACCACUGUUUUCUGGCAUAAAACUUCCACAAAGCCAAGGAUACCCAAAUCAUCAUGUGUGUGAAACCUGAGAAAGACCUUUUUUGUAAAGACCCCAGAUAUAUUCUUGUAGUUUUAAAUCAGAACUGGAUUGGAGAUCAUGCAGGACAAAUCCUGACUCCAAUAAACAAGUAUGUAUGUGCCAAGGGCAUAAAUAGAACACUUUUAUCCUGUAAUAAAGGGCAUAUACAAAUGUUCCAACAGCGUAAUGUAUGCAUUGUGUAAGUAACAAAGGCACAAACCUUAAACUUACCUGCUGAUGCACUCUGCUGUUUUCUUAUGGGAAAGCCAGCAAAUGAAAGAAAUGCGUUUGAAAUGCUAGUAGCCUUUCUCUGAGUGUGACAAUCUUAGUUUCUGAGUCUUUUUCACAGAGAGAGAGGCUCACACAGAUAGACACUGAGUGUCUCAGUGACAUCUGAACUGGUGAGUGAAGAAGCUGGUAACAGUCCUCUAAAGGCAAAGGUUUAUUAAUGCAGUUUCUCACAAUUGACAGAGGUAGAGAGGUUUUUCUUCUACCUUCACAGGUACAGAUACCAACCAUCCUGCUCCACUCAUCUCACGGAGUAGACCACCCAGUGUAUGAACAUGAGACUUUCAAAUCUGGUGCCUGAUUCCUGAGUGAGCCACAGUCAUGCCAUCAGCACACCAGCCUUUCUGUGAGAACUCAGGCAUUGUGCUGCAGCUUGCCCCUCUUCAUAACCACAGGCAUAUUGUCUUGUUUAUAAUGAAUGUGAACUUUAAAUUAUAUCUGUCUGUUAGGUGACCUAAAACUAUUGUAACCCUGACAUUUUAAUCCUUGUUCAGUUGCAAGUAGUCUUUCAUCUGCAUUCACUGUUGCCUCUCUGGGUAGUUUCUUAAAAGCAUAGUCUUACAAUAUCUGUUUAUUCCUUGUGGUUUUCCUGUACUUUAGCCCUUUGCUGCAUGCUGAACCGCUUUCUGUGGUUACUGUCUGUUUAUGAAAGUAGUUUUCUUUAAAGCAUACUUUUAACAGGACAAGGUGAAGAAUCUUGACAAGUUCACGGUAACUUACUAAAUCCAACCAGGUAAUCUUAAAAGUGACAGAAAAUUCUGCUGAUGCAGAAUUUGGAGAUGUACCUUUUCUUGCUUUGACAUAUUUGAAGAAAGUCACCAGCUUCUGAUGAUUCCAAGGUGGUGGAUUUCUACAAGGCAUUAAAAGCAAAUGUUUUAAUAAAAAUA